AAGCCGCCGCUGCCGCCGCCCCUGCUCGGUCCAGUCGGCCUGUCUGCCAGCCGCGGGCCCGGAGAGCACAGAACGCCGAGCCAAGAGGCAGUCCGGAGCCCCCUCCGUGAUUAUGAGCACGGCCCCCGCCCCGGCCCCCGGCCGCUCGCUGGCCGCCGCCGCCCCGGCCGGCAAAGCCAAGCUCACGCACCCCGGGAAGGCCAUCCUGGCAGGCGGCUUGGCCGGAGGCAUCGAGAUCUGCAUUACCUUCCCCACUGAAUAUGUGAAGACUCAGCUGCAGCUGGAUGAGAAAGCCAACCCCCCUCGCUACCGAGGCAUUGGGGACUGUGUGAAGCAGACCGUGCGCAGCCAUGGGGUCCUGGGCCUCUACCGGGGCCUCAGCUCUCUUCUCUACGGCUCCAUUCCCAAGGCAGCCGUCAGGUUUGGGAUGUUCGAAUUUCUCAGUAACCACAUGCGGGAUGCCCAGGGACGGCUGGACAGCACCCGAGGGCUGCUCUGCGGGCUGGGGGCCGGCGUGGCUGAGGCUGUGGUGGUCGUGUGCCCCAUGGAGACCAUCAAGGUGAAGUUCAUCCAUGACCAAUGUUCUGCCAGUCCCAAGUACCGUGGCUUUUUCCAUGGUGUGAGGGAGAUUGUCCGGGAACAAGGUUUGAGGGGCACCUACCAGGGCCUCACUGCCACUGUGCUGAAACAAGGCUCCAACCAGGCAAUCCGAUUCUUCGUCAUGACCUCCCUCCGGAACUGGUACCGAGGAGAUGACCCCAACAAGCCCAUGAACCCUAUAGUGACCGGGGCAUUCGGAGCCAUUGCUGGCGCUGCCAGCGUCUUCGGAAACACGCCAUUGGAUGUGAUUAAGACCAGGAUGCAGGGCUUGGAGGCUCAUAAAUACAAGAGCACCUGGGACUGUGGCUACCAGAUCAUGAAGCAUGAGGGGCUCAAGGCCUUCUACAAGGGCACCGUGCCCCGCCUGGGCCGGGUCUGCCUGGACGUGGCCAUUGUCUUCAUUAUCUAUGACGAAGUGGUCAAGUUUCUCAACAAAGUGUGGAAGACAGACUGAACUGCAGCAGCUGCUGGACAGCCCUGAGGCCCGGCAGCCAGGCCUGGGGCAGAUGAGAGGCCGGAGUCGUAUAGGGGCCGGGCCCUGGGUGCAAGGAGUCCUACCCACACUUAACUUGGUCCCCAGAGCCCCGUCCCUGCUCCUCGGCGGCCGGCAGACGACCCGGGGCUGUGAGCCCGGGCUUCCCCAGGAGGCAGAGACUUGGCUGGGCCAGCCUUCAUACACCGAUCCUUUGGCCUCUGCCCUGCCUCUCCUUCUCCCCUCGUGCCCCAUCCUUCUUCAGAGACAUCCCGGGAAGCGUCAAGCUCCCCCUGCUCCCCCAGGUCUUAUGAUUCCAGUGUGACUUGUGCCAAACAGAUGUUCUGUGUUUCCUGUCUCGUCUGGCUUGUGUGUUCCAUGUCUUGUGUCUGUGUCGUGUGUGUGUGUGUGUGUGUGUGUGUGUGUGUUCACUGCCGGCUCUACCCCCAUCUACCACAACCACCAAUAACCCCGUGCCUUUCACUCUACAGGCCUCCCUGCGGAGGAGGCAGGGGACCCCCCCAGGGAGUUGGGGGACCCCCAUGCCAGGCGGUGGUCGGGGAUGCUCUCCAGGACCAAAUCCCUUCUCUUUUGCUGGGCCUUGCUCAGGCGACCCAGAGAGAGAGAGAGAGAGAGAGAGAGAGAGAGAUCCCAGCCCCCACCCCGCCACUCCACACACCAAAGCUGCCUCGGGGUCCAGCCUCACUGGACGGCCCCCAAAGCCAUCGGUGCCCUUACCCUGGGCCUGUGGGGCUCCCCAUCACUCUGGGUUGGUGGGGGCCAGGUCGAGCCACACGUCAUGGGACCAAGGUCUGUGUGUGUGGUGGGGGGGAAGCGGGGGAAGCAGAUUGGGUCCCCAGCCUGAGCAGGACGGGCCUCUACAUAGGGGCCUGGACCUUCAACCCCAGAUCCACUUCCUGCCACACUCUCAGGUUUUCCAACCAUACCCAGAUAACAGAAUAAACCGGAAACUGGUGUCAAUGCC